AUGGGGAACUGUCAGGCGGCUGAGACAGCAACGACGGUGGUACAACUACCAGACGGCAAGUCAGAAAGAUUCUACUGUACAAUAAGUGCUAACGAGGUGAUUAAGACUCAUCCUGGCCACCACGUAGCACUCCUCCUCUCUUCCUCCGUACCUAACGGCGGAUCUCUCCGCGUCACUCGAAUCAAACUCCUCCGUCCUUCCGAUAAUCUCUUGCUCGGCCAUGUCUAUAGGCUCAUCUCUUCAGAAGAGGUGAUGAGAGGAUUAAGAGCCAAGAAAUCUGAAAAGAUGAAGAAGAUCCAUGGAGAAUUUUCUGCUGCAGAAGAGGAGAUUAACCCACUAACCCUAAGAUCUGAAUCUGCUUCUGACAAUGACACUCAGAAAAAGAUGCAUGAAAAGGAGAGAGGGGUGAACACAGGAGCUACAAACAAAGUUAGAGCUUGGCAGCCUUCUCUUCAAAGCAUUUCAGAAUCUACAAGCUAA